GUUAUGUUUCCUUGUUGAGGGAACAGUUUUUUCGCCUUCGCGCAACCGAAAACUACAUUAUCGAGAAGAUAUUUGCGAAAGUGCAUGUAUAUUUUUUUUUUUUAUAAUCUUCAAUGGAAUAUUGAAUAUAUAUUGCGUGCACAACGUAUUAUAUGACAAUAAGAACGUUACGUUUUUGUUUGUUUUUCACUGGGAACGACGUACUAUAGAGCUUCUAACAGUCUUGUAGAGCAGUGCUCGUGAUUCGUGAUUUCAAAAGGGAGGCGAAAGUACAAGACUCGAUAGCGUGACGUACUUUAUAAAUACAUAACAUAAUACCAUUGUUUUCAUUCGAAAGGACCCAAUUGAUAUACUAUCAAAUUACAUCGUGCUUUGUUCACGACAGGAAGUGCCAUUUACUAAGUGUACCGAAGUGCAGUUCGACGAGAAAGAACAAAAAUCGUCGCAAAAUAAAUCGUUUUUAGAAAUUCUUGGAAUAUAAUUGGGAUAUAACAACUUUUUCACAAGUUCUCCUACUCUGUACAUUGUGGCAGUAUAUAAAACUAAUUACUGAAAUGUUGCUAAUUAUUGAUCUGCCUGAUGUAGUGCUCGAGACGAUUCUCUCGAAUCUCUCGUACGAUGAAAUCGCUAAAAACAGAAUCGUCUGCAAACAUUUUAAUCGAACAUGCCAAAAAUUGCUCAAUCGUGGCUUCAGCCUGAUGGAAAAACAUCAUGCUCAAUGUCUUCGUUCUGUCAAGAGCAAAUUGCCCAGAAGAGAGUCCGAAAGAAGAACUCAUCCUUUGGCUCGUCAUUGCGAUGCGCUUACCGCCAUAGAAACAAGAAUUUCUAUGCUGUCCAUGACAUUUAUCAAAUACAUAAACUUACAUCUCUGUUGCUUCAUACCUGGGAAGGUGAUCGACGAAAUAUUCCGACUACUGCGAUUGAUCCGAGAUUCGAAAACUCCGCCACGAGCGUAUGAGAUUCUCCAGGAACUGCGAGACAUCAGCAGCAUGGCAAUGGAACAUUUUGACGAGAAAAUUUUGCCAGCAUUAAAGCACAGCAUGAACACUUCGUCUUCGACGAGUGGGGUUGCCCCUUACGAUUUGCCAGGUGGAAGUUUGAUGUUAACGCACCACGGAGGAAGUGCGAGUUCAUACAUAACUGCACACACGUACAAUUCGGAGAAAUUGAACAAAGCUCUUAAAAAAAUGUACAACAAAACGAAACAAAACAAAUUAUUAUUUCUCACAGCCAAGAAUCGGAUGAACAAGCUUUAUUUGCGAAUAAAAAGACAAAGUUUUCACAUGAAAGCCCAGAGCAUAAAGCUCAAGCAACAGGCAAAAAAGUUGAACGAACAGGACGCACAAUUGGCCGAAAUGAAACGGCACUUCGAAGAUUGGGAGCAAAAAAUUGUCGAUUUAAACGCUGAAUUGACACGAUCUCGCGAAGAAGCUCAAAAAUCUGAUGCUAUUGAUAAUUGCAAGAGAAAAUGUAUGGAUAUCGUGGAACCACGAGACAACGAAUCCUCACAAGUGAAACAAUUGAUGGCGAAAAAACGGAAACUCAUUAUCGAAAGAAAGUCAUCCAGUGAUGCGAAAGAUGUCAAGUUUAAAAAAUUCAUUUCUGAACUUCUCUGCACAAAUUCUACCGACGAUUUUUCCUCCAACUGUACCAAACACUAGUACUCCGUGUUUUUUUUCUUUUCUUUCUUUUUUUUCCAAAUAUAUAGAACGUUGUAAGUAUCGCGUUCAUAAAACAUUGAGAAAACCGAAACUCUUGUCGUUUUUAUUUUUAAUCGCCUUAAUUGCUGCGUAGUAUAAUUUUUUCUCUACUCCCCGUAUUCAUUUAAUUUUACUUUGUUAAUAAUUUUUCGAACAUUUCACCCAAGUUACUGGUUUGCUAGCCAAUUAUUGUUUCACUAUUCGGCAAUCGCGCAUCAAUUACAUCGCACGAAAUAUGUACAUAUCUGAACACUGCCGAAUGCUCGAGAGAAAAUAAAAUCAUAAAAUAGUAUCCUUGUUAUCGUCAAAUUCAAGAUUCUUAUUUAAUUUCUCUGUGGAUUUAUUCUUCGAUUGAGCAAUACCAUUUCUUGGAAAUCGCUUUACGAUUUUCCGAUUGAACAACGAACUAAAACGUAGCGGGCAUUUUUUUCUAGUAAUUCUUUGCGUAAUUCAACAAGUAAUUCGUUUAUGUCGCAAAAUUUUGCUGACUGCUGUUCAAUUUUAUGGAAAAGAUUCCAACGGGCCAGCGAAUGUAUCGAUGUAAACGACCGCUGAUUUUUAAUAUCCAGAAAAAAAUGGGUCUACUUUUUACAGAAAUGGUUUUGGAAAACUUUUCCUGUAUGGAAACUGUGUGAUUUUGAGUUUUAAGCUCGUAAGUGCAGAUAAACAUACAUAAAUGAAAAGAAAGAAAAUUCGUCAUAUCGCGAUGUAGAUUUCGUGUGCUACGGAGAAAAACAAACGUAAUGACUAUUGCCCAAAUACAUAGAAAAUAAGGAAAUAGUCAAAUGCCAAUGAAAGAAUGUAAGGGAAAUAAAUAAUUGUUGAAAAUCGAUAA